CAGAACACCAUAUCCAGGAAAACAAACACAAAAUGCACAGGUGGACGCGGCCCAGAGAGCAAUCUUUUUCUAGUACAGGCCAUUCGCAUGGCGCUGAUAGAGAAAGUGGAAGAAGCUAUUCGAAUCUCUCGCCAUUGCUUUCUUCUUCCUCUCCUGAUUACGAAGGCUCAUAAUCGCUUCAAAUUUCUUGGAGAUUUGGUGAAGAUAAGAAGAUUCGAAAUUGAGUUUGAAGAAAUCUGUUGGCCACGAGUUCUUCUGUUUCUCAUUCUGAAUUGAGACCAAAGUGACGGAACGAAGUGAUGGUGAGGAUAUUGCCGAUGCCUUCCUUCUUGCGACCUUCCAUUUCAUCAUUUACCUUUGCUGCCGCUUCUCGUUUGCCUCAUUCCCUCACUUCCUACACCCCGACUCGGUCGCUGCCUUCAUUUCCUUUCGGUUUUGCUGUUCCACAGGCACAAUUCUUUGGUUUAAACUCUUCGAAGUUGUUGAAGAAGUGUAAUAACACCAUGAGGGUGACCGUGAAUGGAUAUGCAGCACAGGCUUGCACAACAGCCAGUCCUGAAAAUAUUCUUGAGUGGGUAAAAAAGGAUAAGAGGAGAUUGCUUCAUGUUGUCUAUCGUGUUGGAGAUUUGGAGAGGACCAUAAAAUUCUAUACUGAGUGCCUGGGGAUGAAGCUGCUGCGAAAACGUGACAUACCAGAGGAGAGAUAUACAAAUGCUUUUCUUGGAUACGGUCCCGAAGAGGCUCACUUUGUUAUUGAACUUACUUACAAUUAUGGAGUUGACAAGUAUGAUAUUGGGACUGGGUUUGGGCAUUUUGGUGUUGCAGUUGAAGAUGUUUCCAGGACCGUGGAACUUAUAAAAGCCAAGGGAGGAAAAGUUACCAGAGAACCUGGUCCUGUUAAAGGCGGCAAUACUGUGAUUGCAUUCAUUGAAGACCCAGAUGGUUAUAAAUUUGAACUCUUGGAAAGGGGGCCUACUCCUGAGCCUUUAUGUCAAGUAAUGCUUCGUGUUGGUGAUCUUGAUCGGUCCAUAAAAUUUUACGAGAAGGCUUUUGGCAUGGAACUUCUAAGGAAGCGUGAUAAUCCAGAGUACAAGUAUACGAUUGCAAUGCUGGGAUAUGGCCCUGAAGAUAAAAAUGCUGUACUGGAGUUAACAUACAACUAUGGAGUUACUGACUAUGAAAAAGGGAAUGGUUAUGCCCAGAUUGCAAUAGGCACAGAUGAUGUCUAUAGAACUGCAGAAGCAAUAAAACUCUUCGGGGGGAAGAUCAUCCGAGAACCUGGACCAUUACCUGGUAUCAACACCAAAAUUACUGCAUGCUUGGAUCCUGAUGGCUGGAAGACGGUUUUUGUAGAUAACAUUGAUUUUCUGAAGGAGUUGGAGUAAGUGAGAGAGUGGUGGGAUUACUACUGCCUGCAAGAAGGGAUUCAACCCCAGCUUGAACUUGAAAAUAAUUGUUUAUGCUUGCGUCUAGUUUUGCCCCGACUGAAUAUAGAAAUCUUGUCUUGUAUAUGCCCCAUGUUGUCUCGAUAGUGUUAGGUAUUAGGCUUGAAAUAAUGAUGAUGAUCGAGUGUAUUUUUAGGAUUUGAAACAUUUUCCUACAUGAGUUAUAAUGAAAUAACUUGCAGUUCAAUGUAA